UUUGCUUUCAGCACCACGGAGAGCGGAUCGCAUUCACUGCAGGCACGGCAAAGAACGAGCAGAGCCAGCGAGCGCGGUGCGGGGUCCACUCGGAGAAAAAAAAAAAAAAUCACAGCGAGCUGAUUCGAAGUCCCCGCAAGCCUCAUCCCUACACGAGCAAGUCAAAAUAAAAGCCGUCCGCUCGCGGGAGCAGUGUGAUCCGACACCUUGAUUUAUGAAAUCAUGAACGAUGCAAAAGUGAGGCACGAGCAUUCAGCUCUCUGCUAUUAACAUUCAAUUAAUUAUUAAUAGCGUUGCAUUUUCGCCUGCUCUUUGGUGAUAUAUAAAUUGAAAAGGAGGAUCGGGCACGUUUGGCCAAUAUUUUUAUUUUAUUUUUUAUUGAUUUAAUUAAUGAUCUUUUUCUAUUGUGAUGAUCGAUGGAUCGAUUUUCAUGCAAAGAAAAUGAAGAAGUUUCAUGAUUUAAAUCUUUAAACGAGGGCGGCACGUUUUUCUUCUUUGACUGAACCCUAUACAUAUACAUCCAUCUGUCGAUUUUGUAUUUUUUUUUUCUUGCACUCUUUUUAGUGCGCGUCCCGUGUGUUUUGCGCAUACAAAAUGAUCUUCUUUUGGUACUUUCUUAACUACACCUAAAUUAAAGGGUCCAAGAGGAAAGACACCGAAUAUAAAUCUUAAAAAAGGGACGCUGCCUUUAUUUCCCCAUUUUCUUUCUCAUUCAAGUGGAUCCGCAUAAAUGUAAUUUCUCUGCAUUCGAUUCUCUAAAAUGAAGAAGUUCAAUAUUUGGAAGGUAUUAGACGGCUUCUCUGCCUCCUCUCCAGUCAGCUCCGGGGGAGCUCCAGUAUGCCCAGGUGGGACCGUCGUAGCCUCUGCAGGAGGAGUAGCUGCUCGAGAGAUCGAAAUCCAAGAGACCCUCACUUCGGAGCUUUUCCAGAUCUGUAAGACGGUACGCCACGGUUUCCCAUAUCAGCCCACUGCCCUGACGUUUGACCCCGUGCAGAAGCUCCUGGCCAUUGGAACGAGGACCGGAGGAGUGCGGAUAUUGGGCAGACCUGGCGUCGACUGCUACUGCCAGCAUGACAGCGGAGCGAGUGUCCUGCAGCUCCAGUUUCUAAUCAAUGAGGGGGCCCUUGUUACCGCCUGCGCUGACGACACUCUUCACCUUUGGAACCUUCGACAAAAGCGCCCUGCAGUCCUGCAUUCACUCAAAUUCAACAGAGAGCGGAUCACCUUCUGUCAUCUCCCAUUCCAGAGCAAAUGGCUGUAUGUGGGCACGGAAAGGGGAAACACGCACAUCGUGAACAUCGAGUCCUUCGUCCUCUCAGGAUACGUCAUCAUGUGGAAUAAGGCAAUAGAACUAUCAACUAAGACACAUCCUGGCCCCGUAGUGCACUUAAGUGACAGCCCGAGGGACGAGGGGAAGUUGUUAAUCGGCUUUGAAACGGGAACUGUGGUUUUGUGGGACCUCCGAUCCAAGCGGGCUGACUUCAGAACUUACUAUGAUGAGGCCAUUCACUCCAUCAGCUGGCACCACGAAGGAAAGCAGUUCAUGUGCAGCCACUCGGACGGAAGUCUGACGAUGUGGAACUUGAAAAACCCCAGCAGACCGUUCCAGAUCACUGUGCCACACGGAAAAAGCCAGCGAGAUGGAAAGAAACCCGAACCGUGCAAGCCGAUACUUAAGGUGGAGUACAAAACGUCCAAAAACAGUGAGCCCUUUAUCAUCUUCUCCGGAGGCCUGUCAUACGAUAAGGCGAGCAGAAGACCCAGCCUGACAAUCAUGCACGGCAAAUCCAUUACGGUGCUGGAAAUGGACCACCCCAUCGUGGAGUUUUUAACGCUCUGUGAGACGCCGUAUCCAAAUGAUUUUCAGGAGCCCUACGCUGUGGUGGUGCUGCUUGAGAAGGACUUCAUUGUUGUGGACCUCACACAAAGCAACUUCCCCAUCUUUGAAAAUCCGUAUCCUAUGGAUAUCCACGAGUCUCCAGUGACCUGCACGGCCUACUUCGCCGACUGUCCAGAUCUCAUUCCGGCUCUUUAUUCGAUCGGCGCCAAGCAUAAAAAGCAAGGCUACAGCAAUAAGGAAUGGCCGGUGAGUGGUGGCACUUGGACGCUUGGAUCCCAGACGUAUUCUGAAAUCAUAAUCACGGGACAUGCUGAUGGAUCGAUAAAAUUUUGGGAUGCAUCUGCCAUCACCCUGCAGAUGCUCUACAAGCUGAAGACCUCCAAAGUCUUCGAAAAACCCAAAGGCGGAGAGGGGAAGCAGAGCGCCGAGAUUGUCGAAGAAGACCCCUACGCCAUCCAGAUGGUCUGCUGGUGCCCCGAAAGCAGAAUCUUCUGCAUUGCAGGCAUCUCCGCUCACGUCAUCAUUUACAGGUUUAGCAAACACGAAGCCACCAUGGAGACGGCGUCCCUCGAGGUGAGACUCCAGUGUGAAGUAGAAGACAUCAUCACUCCGGAGGCCGAGACGAUCUCUUCAUUUCCCGACUUGACAUCCCAAUCAUCUUCUGUAAAAUGCCAAAGCCUCACAAGCAGCCCCAACACCGUCACCCCAGAGGGCAUAAAGGACAGCAUCCCCUGCCUCAAAGUGAAGACCCGGCCAGUCCGAAUGCCACCGGGGUACCAGGCUGAACUGGUCAUUCAACUGGUCUGGACUGACGGAGAGCCGCCGCAGCAAGUCACCAGCCUGGCUUUAAACUCGGCUUAUGGCUUGGUGGCCUUCGGAAACUGCAACGGCCUGGCCGUGGUGGAUUUCAUUCAGAAGACGGUGCUCCUCAGCAUGGGCACCAUAGACCUUUAUGGCUCCAGUGACCCCUACCAGCGCCAGCCUCGCUCGCCACGCAGAAGCAAGCAGUUCCCAGCAGACAACAUUUGCAUGCGUGGCCUGUCUAGCUUUUAUUCAGAUUCAAAGAAAAGGAUCCGUACAUCGUACCAGAGCCUGACUGAGCUCUCCGACAGCCCCGUGUCUUUGGAGCUGGACCGCUGCAAAUCCCCCACAUCAGUUCCUCACUCCACUGCCUCUCAUAAUGAAAUUCCGAGUAAUGUGAAAGCCGGUCACUACAGUCCAGUUUUUUACUUGCUGGACAAUGUUAAAGGACCAAGAAAGUUAAGUCUGCCGACAGAUCUUAAGACUGAUCUUGAUCACGUGAACGGCCAUUGCACCAGUCCCACCUCCCAGCCCUGCAGCACCGGAAAGCGCAUCCCCAACACGGAGGGAGCCAAGCUGAACCGACGAGGACCCGGGCGGCCACCAUUCCGCAAAGCGCAGUCGGCGGCUUGUAUGGAGAUCUCUUUGCCCGUCUCUCAUCCAGAAGUAGGCUACGCUUCCAGACGGGCAAUGCUUCAGCAAUUACACGGAGUCAGUAUUUACUCGCACGACGAACACCAUGCCGGCAGUUACUCAUGGACGGAGAAAGAAAGCCGAGAAAACUCCUUCAGCCGCUCCCGCAGCUCCAGCGUGUCCAGCAUCGACAAGGAGUCCAAGGAAGCCAUCACAGCUCUCUACUUUGUGGAGUCCUACAGCCGCAAGAACGACGGCACGCUGUCACCGUGCCUUUGGGUCGGGACCAGCCUGGGGAUGGUCCUCGUCAUCUCCUUGACCUUGCCGGCGACUGAAGAACAGAGGCCCACUGAGCCUGUCGUGGCGUCGCCCAGCGGUACGGUGCUGACACUUAAAGGAGCAGUGCUGACGUUUUCCUCCUUGGACUGCAAUGGCGUGCAGAUUCAUCCCCCUUAUGAAGUGUGGCGGGACCUUAACAGCUCGGAGGACGAAAAGCUUCGCCGCCGGAAACUCGUCAAUUUCUCACCGUCUUCGUCUCAGGAUACGGGGGAUUAUCAGUUUGCGGUGGUCUGUUCGGAGAAACAAGCCAAAGUGUUUGCCCUGCCUUCCUUCACAUGUCUGUACGUGCACAGCAUCACGGAGGCCUCAUUCGUCCUGAGGGCCGACGUCGUCAUGUUUUGCAAUAGCGUCUGCCUGGCUUGCUUCUGCGCAAAUGGACACAUCAUGGCUCUAAGCCUGCCCAGUCUCCGGCCAUUACUGGAUAUCAACUACUUGCCUUUGACCGACAUGAGGAUCGCACGCACCUUCUGCUUCACGAACGGAGGACAAGCGCUGUACCUGAGCUCUCCAACAGAGAUUCAGCGCAUCACGUACAGCCAGGACAUGUGUGAUAACCUGCAGGAAAUGCUGGGGGAGAUGUUCACACCCGUAGAAACUCCCGAGGCCCAGAACCGAGGAUUUCUCAAAGGUCUCUUUGGAGGAAGUGGACAGACGUUUGACAGGGAAGAACUCUUUGGUGAAGCCGCUGCUGGGAAGGCCUCACGGAGUCUCGCUCAGCAUAUUCCAGGCCCAGGAGGGAUAGAAGGCAUGAAGGCGGCUGCCGGUGGGGGGGUGGGUGAUUUGGCCCGAGCUCGAAUUGCACUGGACGAGAGGGGACAGAGACUGGGAGAACUCGAAGAUCGCACAGCCGCUAUGAUGGCGAGUGCAGAGGCCUUCUCUAAGCAUGCACAUGAGCUGAUGCUGAAGUACAAGGACAAGAAGUGGUACCAGUUCUGAUUUGCCAAAAAAGGAAGACUUUUCUCUCGCCUGAGGUUGUCCCGACGGAGAACAGGACCACCGCCCUUGUUCACUUCCUGCUUCGGUGGGGAGGUCGAUUGAUUGCCUGUCCCGCGUUUUUCUCUCCCGCCAGCAAAAACAAAAAAAAAACGAAAACACGUGGAGUCCAACGUGUGUGUGGGAAACUGCAAAAAAAAAUAUAGAUCAAUAAAUUGGAAAGAGAAGGCCGGGCCGGCUGUGUCUUAAGAGACUUGAAGUGUUGCCAAAGGAAGACCACCGACUUCAGGACUUUUGCCCCCAUUUUUUGUUUUUUUUUUCCCCCAUAUGUGGAUGGGUAACGGUGACUUCGCUGCACUGGUUAUCUGUGCCUACAGAGGUUUCCGCUCCUUGAACUCUGACAAAAAUAAUGGAAACGAUAAUGUACAGAUUAUUAUGUCGAUGCUCUUCUCGAAGAAUUUAAAAGCAAGCAUGCAUGAGACACACAAAAACAACGACAAAGAAAAACAAAAGCAAACAAACAAACAAACUGCCAUAAUAAACAAGCAUGUCACAUUAAAAAAAGGGUAAUUUCAUAGAAUAAGUGAAUUAUAAAAAUAAAUACAGAAUCUUUCUAUUUUUUUUAAUAAUAAAUUUAAAAAAAAAUCUGCAUUGCUAAAAGGCCAAACCUUUUUUUUUUUUUUUUUUUUUUUUUUUAAAAAGAUAGUCAGGGAGGGGGAAUUUUUAUUUUUUUAAAGCAUGAAAAUGUGCUUUCGGAAAUUGAAAUAGGGUUUACAUUUUGCUUAGGGCAAAAAAAAAAUAAUAAAUGACAAUAAUCAUCAUCAUCCUCAUCAUCAUUUUCCUGUUCACAUUGGAAUUUGGCAAGCACCGCCAUUCCUUGUGUCGAACAUCUCAACGACGGAGCGGCAGCCGCCUGGUGCUUGUCUGGGGGGGGUGCGGUGCUUUUGUCAAGACCCCCCCCCCCUCGCCCCCCCCACCCACCUCGUCUGUUUCGGUUGGGUUUUGUUUUUUAAGAUUUUAUUUUGGGUACUUUUUAUACUCUGUGGUUUUGUGAUGAGUGUUACUGCUGUCCACUGAAUGGUAAAAUGAAAUAUAUAGAUAUAUAAUAAGAAAAGAAGAAAAAAUCAAAACCUGGAUAUCAAAAGCAAAGAUUCCUGAAACACCAGGAGUUAGUCACUAAAGUCAAGAGAGGCGUCUGGCAGAACCGAAAGGAGCUCCUCCCCUUCUUCCUGAUGUCACUUCCUGAGCGGCCGCUCUGGCGGUCCUACGUCGUCCACGGCUCCGUUUCUGUUGCGUUAGAGAGACUUAGAGCAGCGUGACUUGUUGGAGUGUUCUCUGUAGACAAUCUCACAAAAAAUAAAAAAUAAAACAAAUCUGAUGGGAAAAAAGAAAAGAAAAAGAAAAGAAAAGAAAAAGAAAACGAGGUCAUUAAGACAGGUGGUCAGGCGAACGUCCGAAUAAUUUACUAUGAAAAAAAAACAAACAAACAAAAAAAAGAUUUAUUUUUACAAAGCUACCUUCCUCACGUGCAAAUCUGGAAAUAAGUAGAUGACACCCUAGAACAGCGACUGCAAUGUACACCGUUUAUUAGCGUGGCUGCACCACGUCAUUCCAUGAAGCAUCUGGGCGCCAAAUUGUGUAUUUUUAGUUAAAUAAAACAUGGAAACUCUUCAUAACAUCUUAUAUAUAAACGUCACCUUCAAACCCUUACGUGCCAGCCUGAUUUAUUAUGGCACUGAAUGGUGACGUGCUGUUAGUUUUGAGUUCCACCUUUAUAAUGUAAGGAGGUGACACACAGGAGGAAUAUCGGGGUACACUUCACACCCGCUUACUCUCUAGGGACUUCAGCCCAAGAACACUUCCAGUGUUAGGUAGAUAGGUAGAGGGACAUGAAAGGCACUAUAUGACACAAUGAUAAAGAUGAAAGGAACGAAAUAACAAUAGACUGUUCAACAGGAGAGGCUACAAUAUAAUAGAUAGAUAGAGAGAGAGAGAGACCGAUAUGAUGGACGAUAGAUAGAUAGAUAGAUAGAUAGAUAGAUAGAUAGAUAGAUAGAUAGAUAGAUAGAUAGAUAGAUAGAUAGAUAGAUAGAUAGAUAGAUAGAUAGAUAGAUAGAUAGAUAGAUAGAGUGAAAGGGACUACAUGAUAGAUAGAUAACAAAAUAAAAGACAAAUAGAUUGAUAUGACUGUGGUUGGCUGGCGCCCUGCCCAGGGUUUUUUUUCCUGCCUGGCACCCCGUGUUGACUGGGAUUGGCUCCAGCGGACCCCCGUGACCCUGUAGCUAGGACAUAGCAGGUUGGAUAAUGGAUGGAUGGAUAUACUGAUAUGAAAGCACUAUAUGACAUGAUAGACAUGAAAGGUGUUGUAUAAGAAUAGAUAGACCAAUAUAAAAGGUGCUAUAUAAUAGAUAGAUAGAUAGAUAGAUAGAUAGAUAGAUAGAUAGAUAGAUAGAUAGAUAGAUAGAUAGAUAGAUAGAUAGAUAGAUAUGAAAGGCACUAUAUAGUGAUAGACAGGCAGAUAUGAAAGGCACUAUGUAAUAGAUGGAUAGAUAUGGAAGACACUAUAUGAUAGAUAGAUAGAUAGAUAGAUAGAUAGAUAGAUAGAUAGAUAGAUAGAUAGAUAGAUAGAUAGAUAGAUAGAUAUGAAAGGCACUAUAUAGUGAUAGACAGGCAGAUAUGAAAGGCACUAUGUAAUAGAUGGAUAGAUAUGGAAGGCACUAUAUGAUAGAUUGAUAGAUAGAUAGAUAGAUAGAUAGAUAGAUAGAUAUGAAAGGCACUAUAUAGUGAUAGACAGGCAGAUAUGAAAGGCACUAUGUAAUAGAUGGAUAGAUAUGGAAGGCACUAUAUGAUAGAUAGAUAGAUAGAUAGAUAGAUAGAUAGAUAGAUAGAUAGAUAGAUAGAUAGAUAGAUAGAUAGAUAGAUAGAUAGAUAGAUAGAUAGAUAUUGGUGCGUCCCAUAACUGAUUCUAUCCCCCCAGUGGGUUCAUUCGAUGGGCCUCUGCUUUUAGCGAUGUCACCUGCUCAGAAUGUCGCUGCCCACAUUAAAGCACCGCGGUCUCCUAAGACAGACGAGUCUGUUCUGCCCUUUCCUCCCCCCCCCCCCCCCCCGUUCCUCUGUGUUACCAGUCCAGUCUCGCCUGUCAUUCAUGUAGACCCCCAAGUACUUGCUGGAGUGGACCACCUCUAUAUAUCUACUCCCUGAGUAGUGACCGGAUGUGGAGGCUCAUUGGUGGGGUGAACGUCAGUAAGCAGUUCCUUCAUUUUGCUGAUGUGAAGUUGCAGAGAGUUCUUAAAGCCCCCUGCCCCCCCCCCCCUUCCACACACCACACACUGUGACCCCAAAUUUUAUCAAUGCAAGUCAAGCUUUUUCAGCAAAAUGAAUGCCCCUCAGGACAGGAGUCAAAGGGAAGACUCUACAAGAUGGCGAUGCUUCUGAUUUAAAUGCCUGUCGUGCAAGAAGAGGGGACUGGCACCGGAAGUGACAUCAUCAGUGGGCGGUCCCUCGGUCUUUUAUAUCAUGUUUUGAAGAGAACUGCCAUUCGUUUACAACGCCACCUUGUGGACUGGUGUGGAAUCGCCACCACCAGAGCCUUUAAGCUGUCCCCAGAGCGCAUGUGUAUGACACUAGUUAUUACUUUGAUGUUUAAUAUUAUCUGGCUGUCACGACUACCCAAGCUGACUUGAAGGAGAGUCAUUUAACAUUUAAAACACAAAAAGCAAGUUGACUUCAAUGCGCUAUGAUUUAUAAUUUAAUUUCCAACUCUGCUCCGCACGGCGUUUAUCUAACGGGUCACCAUGUUCUGUAAUUUACAAGAGUGACAUGAAACAGAAAGGUAGUCGCUGUUCUAAAGUGUUGGCUAAUUUAUCAAAUAUGAUUUGGGAGUAAGCCUGAUAUUCAGCUAAUUUAUAAUAAUAAUAAUAAUAAUAAUAAUAAUGCAUUGUAUUGAUAUAGCGCCUUUCCCAAGCUCAAGGCACUAAAGCCUGAGUACACCGCAGCUAUACAAUAAAAGGAGGUCACCAUUUGAAGAUCCAGUUGGGUUUGGGUUUGCCAGGAUAGAUGCUGAUGAUCCAUCACUGACAAAUAAGAAAACAUUUGACUUGAAUGGUCACCGCAAAUUAAAUUGCAGUACGUCAUGAGAAAAUAAAAGAGCUGCAGCUUAAUUGCCUCGGAAUUCCAUCCUUCUUUCUGAUUAUUUUAACAUUUGGAGAAGUAGAACUUUAUCCUGUGAUUCCAGUUACUGGUCAUAAAACUGUAUAUGGUUGUAUAUAAACUGUUCUACAUAUGUAAUGUAUAUGUUGUACAAGUUUGUUUGUGCACAAAUGUUAAUGCUUUCUAUCCAGAUGGAGUGUAUGUGGACAAAGGUCACUUUAGGAUUACCUAUUGUUUAUCAAAGAAAUAAAAACGCCUCGAUGGUCUAUAGGCUGUGUGGAAGA